GCCACACUUCUUCCAUAAGCAAACUAUCUAUAAAUACAUGAUACAGAAUCCGUAGUCUUCACAACUUCUCUCACACUUUCACAAGAAGAAAAAAAGAAGAGUUAAUCGUCAAAUCUUCGUCUAUCAAGGGAAACAGAGUGACAAUUACACACACAAAAAAAAAUCAUGGCAAUCAGGUUUCCUCGCAUUCUGCAAUCAUCAAAGCAAAUUCUCCGGCAGACGAAGCAUAUCGCAACGUCAAACUCGGUUGAUGUUCCAAAGGGGUACUUUGCUGUGUAUGUCGGAGAAGGCCAGAGGAAGAGAUUUGUGGUUCCGGUCUCCUUCUUGAGACAGCCUUCGUUUCAAGAUCUACUAAGGAAAGCUGAGGAAGAGUUUGGAUUUGAUCAUCCAAUGGGUGCACUCACCAUUCCCUGCAGCGAAGAGAUCUUUCUCCAUCUCACCUCUCGCCUCAACUUCUGACGGAUUCUCUUUUCUUUCGAUUUUCUGAUCAUUUUUCUUCGAGAGAAGAGAUGUUAGAAGAAUCUCUCCUCGAAAGGGAAACCCGGAGCUCGGGUUUAAUGAUGUAACAGUUUUUCACUCACGUUUUCAGUGAGUUGUAAGAUCUAAGAUCCUAACCUUCGAAACAUAAUCAAACUCUAAAAAAAAUGAUGUCUUGACGUGAAA